GGAGGGGCCUCGGGCCGCCAGGGUGUGUGGGAGACAUCCGCUUCCGGGGCCGCGGCCAUCGCAAACCCUGGCUGGGGAGGCCUGCGGAGCUGUACGCAAGAGCUGACCCCGGUUCCUCCUGUUCCUGAGUCCUGGCCGCCGUCGCUCCGCCGGCCGCCUCCUCAUCCAGUCAUGCUGGAGCAUCUAACCUCGCUGCCUACGCAAAUGGAUUACAAGGGCCAGAAGCUAGCUGAACAGAUGUUUCAGGGAAUUAUUCUUUUUUCUGCAGUAGUUGGAUUUAUCUACGGAUACGUGGCUGAACAGUUCGGGUGGACUGUCUAUAUAGUUAUGGCAGGAUUUGCUUUUUCGUGUUUGCUGACACUUCCUCCAUGGCCCAUUUAUCGCCGGCACCCCCUCAAGUGGUUACCUGUUCAAGACUCAGGCACAGAAGACAAGAAACCAGGAGAAAGAAAAAUUAAGAGGCAUGCUAAAAAUAAUUGAUUGGGGUUUUCAUGAUUCAUCUUUACUACUGCACCUGCUUUUGUUUUGUGUGAGAUGAGCUAAACAGUUUUCAUACCCCAAACAUGAGCUAAAAAUCACCUAUGCUCAGCUGUGUUCAAAUUUUGUUCUCUCUAUAUUUCACUUCUCAGUUGGGUUUUGAUUUAUAAAUAUUUUAGACCUUCUCUUCACAGUCCUUCUCUGAAAUGGAGAACAGAAAACACAAGUAUGCAAAGUUUCUUUCAGGUCUACAAAAUAAUGAAAAAUAAAUGCCUCAUAAAUUAUAGUACAAUUAAACUACCAAAGUUUUAUAAUUCAUUAUGAGUAGUCAGGCUGUUUUAAUGUUUUCAAUUAAAACUCACAGUGCAAGUCAA